AUGCGUAUCGCCACGGAUAGAGGUCUCGUUUCAAGAACAUGUGGAAUGCCGAUGGUGUCGUGUCUGAGCAUUCCGGACACUGAAAGCGGGAUUCAUGCAAGCUUGUUCUUUCGCGUACUUAACAAGCAACAGAGGGGGACGAUGGAGUCGAUCGAUCAAAGUAAUCUGCGAGUUGUGAGGUGUCACCCCAUACUGCCGUGA